UAACAAGCCAAACCCCAACCAGAUCAAUGUAAAUAAUGUCAAGCCAGGAGUGGUAAAUGGUACUGGAGUACAGGCACAGAACGCGGGAGCAGGACGGGCCUGUGAAAGCUGUUAUACCACACAGUCUUACCAGUGGUAUUCUUGGGGUCCCCCUAACAUGCAGUGUCGCCUCUGUGCAUCCUGUUGGACGUACUGGAAGAAAUACGGUGGCUUGAAAAUGCCAACACGGUUAGAUGGGGAGAGACCAGGACCAAACCGCAAUAAUUUGAGUCCUCAUGGUGUGCCAGUACGAAACAGUGGUAGUCCCAAGUUUGCUAUGAAAACACGGCAAGCUUUCUAUCUCCAUACAACAAAACUGACAAGAAUUGCCAGACGUUUAUGUCGAGAUAUCUUGCGCCCUUGGCAUGCUGCAAGACAUCCCUAUCUGCCUAUUAACAGUGCAGCAAUCAAAGCAGAAUGCACAGCACGAUUACCUGAGGCAUCAGAAAACCCAUUGCUAUUAAAGCAAGUGGUUCGAAAACCUUUAGAAGCAGUACUCCGGUAUUUAGAGUCUCAUCCGUGUCCUCCGAAACCAGAUCCUGCAAAGAGCUUGUCCAGUUCUCUCAACAGUCUGACUCCUGCAAAGUUUACGCCUGUCAUUAAUAAUGGAUCCCCAACUAUCCUGGGAAAACGAAGUUACGAACAACACAAUGGAAUGGAUGGCAACAUGAAGAAGCGCCUGUUGAUGCCUAGCAGGGGUCUGCCUAACCACGGACAAACCAGACAAAUGGGACCAAGCCGAAACUUGCUGCUCAAUGGGAAAUCAUACCCAACAAAAGUCCGAUUAAUUCGUGGUGGAUCCAUGCCUCCAGUGAAAAGGAGGAGGAUGAACUGGAUUGAUGCACCAGACGAUGUUUUUUACAUGGCCACUGAAGAAACCAGGAAAAUCCGCAAGCUGCUUUCCUCCUCCGAAGCCAAGCGAGCUGCCAGACGCCCUUACAAGCCUAUUAUCCUCCGGCCCAUCCAGGCAGUGCAGCUACGCCAGCCCAUGAAUGAUGAACCCAUAAUCAUUGAGGAUUAA